AUGAGGGAUAUUGUAUUUGUAUCACCGCAGCUGUAUUUGUCAUCACAGGAGGGUUGGAAAAGUGAUUCUGCCAAAAGUGGGUUCAUCCCUAUCCUCAAAAAUGAUCUACAACGUUUUCAGGACUCAUUAAAACAUAUAGUUGACGCCAGAAACAGCUUAUCAGAGACACUGCUAAAUAGCAACGAUGAUGGGAGUAUACACAAUUCUGACCAGAAUACUGGUUUGAAUAAAGACAAAGAGGCUUCAAUAGCAGAUAACAAUAGUGCUAACAAGUGCGCCACAAGCUCUUCCCGUUACCAAGAGCUCAAACAAUUUCUUCCCAUUUCCUUAGACCAACAGAUUCAUACAGUAUCUUUACAAGGUGUCUCUUCAUCAUUUUCUCGCGGACAGAUAGAAUCAUUGCUAGACCACUGUUUGAAUUUAGCGUUGACUGAAACUCAAAGCAAUUCCGCAUUGAAAGUAGAAGCUUGGUCUUCUUUUUCUUCGUUUUUAGAUACCCAGGACAUUUUUAUAAGAUUCAGUAAGGUUGAUGAAGAUGAGGCAUUUGUUAAUACGCUGAACUACUGCAAAGCCUUAUUCGCGUUUAUUAGAAAGCUACAUGAGGAUUUCAAGAUUGAGUUACACUUGGAUUUGAACACAAAAGAAUAUGUCGAAGACCGAACAGGAACUAUACCGAGUGUUAAGCCAGAAAAGGCUAGCGAAUUUUAUUCUGUUUUCAAAAACAUUGAAGAUCAAACAGACGAAAGAAAUUCAAAGAAAGAACAGUUGGAUGACUCUUCCACACAAUACAAAGUGGAUACAAACACUUUAAGUGAUUUGCCAUCGGAUGCUUUGGACCAAUUGUGCAAGGAUAUAAUAGAAUUUAGGACAAAAGUUGUCAGUAUAGAGAAAGAAAAAAAAAUGAAAAGUACGUACGAGGAAAGUAGGCGUCAAAGACACCAAAUGCAAAAAGUUUUUGAUCAAAUAAGGAAAAACCACUCAGGAGCCAAAGGGAGCGCCAAUACAGAGGAGGAGGAUACUAAUAUGGAAGAUGAAGAUGAGGAGGAUGACACUGAAGACGACCUUGCCUUAGAGAAGAGAAAAGAAGAAAGAGACCUGGAAGAAUCAAAUCGUAGAUAUGAGGAUAUGUUACACCAAUUACAUUCCAAUACAGAGCCUAAGAUAAAAUCCAUUAGGGCUGAUAUCAUGAGUGCUGAAAACUAUGAGGAACAUUUGGAGAAAAAUCGCUCAUUAUAUUUGAAGGAGCUAUUACACCUUGCCAACGACGUUCAUUACGACCACCAUAGAUCUUUCAAGGAGCAAGAGGAAAGAAGGGACGAAGAGGAUAGAGCUAAAAAUGGAAAUGCAAAGGAACUGGCGCCUAUACAACUAUCGGAUGGUAAGGCCAUAUCUGCAGGGAAGGCUGCCGCCAUCACCCUUCCUGAAGGCACUGUGAAGAGCGAGAACUAUAACGCGGACAAGAAUGUGUCUGAGAGCUCAGAACACGUCAAGAUCAAAUUCGACUUUAAGAAGGCUAUUGAUCACUCAGUUGAAAGCUCUAGCGAAGACGAGGGAUACAGAGAGAGCGAGCUACCUCCAACAAAACCCUCCGAGAGAAGCGCGGCAGAGGACCGUUUGCCAUUUACAGCAGAUGAACUGAACAUAAGACUAACUAAUCUGAAGGAAUCGCGCUACGUGGACGAACUGGUGCGUGAAUUCCUCGGCGUCUACGAGGACGAGCUGGUGGAAUACAUUCUUGAGAACAUCCGCGUGAACCAGAGCAAACAGGCCCUUUUAAAUGAGCUAAGGGAGACUUUCGACGAGGACGGGGAAACGAUAGCUGAUAGACUGUGGAGUCGUAAAGAAUUUCGCUUGGGGACCUGA